AAGGAAACAACUGUGUUUUCGUCUGUUUUCGUCCAGUGCUCCAGUUUCUGUGUGACGUGUGACGUGUGUUGUGUACAAAAAAGUUACCUUAAAAAAUAAUUUGUAAAAAAUGCCGCUUUGUAUUGCAAUCGGUUGUUGCAAUAAAAGCUACCGAAAAAGCAAAGAGCAAAUUAAUAUUGAAAAAAAUAUUGCAAUUACAUUUCACCGUUGUUAUAGGCUUAUUGACGGAAGCUCCUCGCAUGAACCGCGUGAACGUUGUUUUUACGCACGGACUUCGGUGGAUUGAAACGUACCUUGCAUGCUACUAUUUAUUUUAUAUACAAUUUAGUUGAUAUGUGUGUUUCAUUAGAUUUCCACAAGAUGAAUCAAAAAAAUUAACUUGGGCUAAAGUUAUGGGCCUUCAGAUGGAAUGUUUACCCAAGUCUUCACAUUUAUGCUCGUUGCAUUUUUCGGACGACGACUUCGAUCGCAGUUCCCUGACACGAAUAAGAUUGAGAGAAAAUGCCAUUCCAAUUUCAAAUAUUUCAAAAGUUGCGGGUGCAGAAGAAGUCUCUUUGCAAAGUAAUACAUUGUCAGCUACAUCAACAGAGUCGGUGCACGAGGAUGAUUCGAUUUGCGAGCCGGAAAUAAGCAGAAUUACAUUAAAAAGAAAAAGAGAAGAAGAGUCUACUUCAUUUGGUGUGUAUACCGAGCGACUGGAGGAUACACCACGGAAAAAAUUAUUGCGCAAAACUUUAAUGCACCAAAAGAAAUAUUAUGAAAGGCAAGUGCAAACAUUAAAACAAAAAAAUAAGCGGUAUGAGAAACGGAUCGCGCAAUUGAAUACAGUUCUAAAAGAACUCAAACAAAAAAGUUUAUUGGCAGACGAACAUAAUCAAUGCUUCUACUCCGUUCAAUUCAUUAAAUGAUGAUCUGCAAUUAAACUGUAAUGUGACUGCAGACAUUAUAGAAGAUCACGGGUACUUUCCAGACAUUCGUAGAAUCACCGAAUUUUCUUCAAGAAUUAUUGUAUAUAUUGCUGGAUUUGUCGUAAGAUAUCUUAAAAAGUCAUUGUAUUGCGAAGACUGUGUUCAUGCGUUAACUUCAGAUGAUAAAAAUGAUGAAAACUCUAUUUUGAUACAAAUCAAAAGCCGCGAACGUUUACAAUACCCAUCGUCUAGUGUGACGAAAAUUUGUCACGAAGCAGAAAGAGUUAUCCGCUUUGCUUUAGCAGAAAGUGGAGGAAAAUUUAUGAAAAAAAAAUUUACAGAUACUUAUCUUGUAAAUUCGGUACUUCGAAAAUUUACUGACUCCAAUAAUUUAUUUAUUAAUUUAAAAGAACAUUCACAUGAUCAAACUGCUUUGGAAAACCAUAUAAUACAUUUAACAAAAGCAAUUGCUGGCAAAUAUAUUAAAGUUAGAUUAUAUCAUAUUUGUAAAGAAGCUAUGGAAGAUAAUAAACAAAGUGAAAGACACUUUCGCAAUAAAUUAACAUUGUUCCAAGGACAAUAGUAUUUCAAAUUACAUUAUCUUGUGUUUUAAUGAUAUUGUAUCAAUGUUAUUCUCGAAUGAUUGUAUCAAUUUAAAUAAAUAUUGUAUCAAUUUUUUCUGUAAUUAUUGUAUCAAUUUCAAUAAAUAUUGUAAUAAAAAUUAUUUUAUUUUACAAAAACA